AGGACUCCUGGGACCUUUGGGGCAGGGCAAACACUGCUAAACAAUGACCAAUUCUCAAAAAUCUUCUCUACAACCUAACAACUGUAAGAAAAACUAAAUGCAUAGUGAUGUAGAGCAAGAAGACCUCUGCCAAAAUUGUAAAUUUCAUGAUCCCUGGUGUAAAGACUCCAGGACGGAGGCCGAACUUGAAUGAAGAGAUUUCUUGUCACUCGGGGGCAUAUCUCACCUUCUCAUACAAGAGAUCUUCAGUUGGAUCCCUGUGUGAUGAAGAGUGAAGCUGCUCAUCUGAAUGAAGAACUGAAAAAGAUAGGUAUUCCCAACACAGAAGCAGCAGAUCCGUCUGUGAAUUGUGAGGUAGCCUUCAGAACACUUCUGACUCCAGAUGCUGUCAAGUUUUUGUCUGAACUCAUCCAGGAGUUUGAUCAUGGCGUAACACAGAUGCUGGUAGCUCGAGAACUUAGGAAGCUGCAGCUGAAACAGUCAGACCAUCUUCCAGACUUUGAUCCAAAAACUGCAAAUAUUCGGGAGUCAAGUUGGGUAGUUUCUCCAGUUCCCAGAAGGCUUCAGUGUCGCCAUGUUGACCUCGGUGAUGUGUCUCCUAGCAACACGCCCCAUUUUAUUGCUGCACUGAAAUCUACAGCACAAGGAAUUCAGACUGACUUUGAUGAUGGGCAUUGCCCCACCUGGGCCAAUCAGCUACAAGGAUUGUACAAUGUGUACAGAGCAGUGCACAACAUCAUGCCAGGCGUACCAAACAUAGAGGAUGCCCCUGUCUUGAUGUUGAGACCCAGAGCAUGGAACAUGGUGGAACAUAACCUGACUGUGAAUGGAAAGGAAGUUCCUGGUCCAUUGUUUGAUUUUGGACUGCUCAUGUACCACAAUGCCCAUAUUUUAUUGAAGAAAGAAAGUGGACCAUAUUUUUACCUAUCUAAACUUGAAGGCAGUAGAGAGGCAGCACUGUGGGACUCUGUUUUCAGCUGGACAGAGAAGAGGCUGAAGUUACCACAUGGGUGUGUGAAGGCUUGUGUGCUGAUAGAGAAUGUGCUGGCCUCCUUUGAGAUGCAUGAAAUAUUGUAUGCAUUGAGGGAUCAUUCUUUGGGACUAAACUGUGGGAUCUGGGAUUACUCUGCCUCAUUUAUCAACAAAUUUGGUCACCGUCCGGAUUUCCUUUUACCAGACAGGAAAAAGUAUGUCUCCAUGGAUAGCCAUUUUCUGAAGAGCUACAUGGAUCUGGUGGUACAAACCUGCCACAAACGUGGUUGCCAUGCAACAGGAGGAAUGGCAGCUCUUUUACUCCCCAAAACAUCAGAAGAAAAUCACAAAAGAUAUCAAAUAAUUCAAGAUAAGGUCUUAAGAGCUAAGCAGGUAGAGAUAGAAGCAGGUAUUGACGGAUUCAUGGUGUAUGAUGUGCGACUGGUGGAACCAUGCCAAAAAAUGUGGAAAAGACUUACUUCAUCAAACAAUCAGUUUUCCAAGUUAAGAGCAGAGGUCAAGGUCACGAAUAAGGAUUUGUUACUAAUGCCGUCUGGAGGUGUUACCCAAACAGGGCUAAAACAUAACAUUGCUGUCGGCAUUCUAUUUAUUGAAGCUUGGCUUAGAGGUGUCGGUCAUUACUAUUUCAAAGGAGCAGUAGAGGACUCGGCUACUGCAGAAAUAUCCAGGUCACAGAUUUGGCAGUGGAUCAGAUUCCAAGCUGUUCUAGAGGACAUUGGCAAACAAGUAACCAUGACAAUGGUUAAAAGUCUUAUCAAGGAGACAGUUCAGGAGAGUUUCUGGUCUGUGGAGAAUUCUCAGUUUGUGACAGAAAAUGACAGACAGAGGCUCCUCAACUCUGCUCAUAUAUUUCAGGAAAUUGUGACUCGGCUAGAUUUCCCAGAAUUCAUCACCACCUAUCUUAAUUUGGAACACACAUUUUUAAGAAGCCAGUCUGUGUUCUCAUUUAUGAGUAUGUCAACCAUGGAAUCUCAUUUGUGAGCGAGAUGUACACAUUUUAAGAUGUACAUGUAUACGUUUAAAUGUAAAGAUCUUUAAUUAAGUCUCGGAAAUGAAGUUUAAAGACUUAUUAUACCCCCACCCCCCCUUACCACAAACAAAAUUUAAGGGGGGGUGGGGUAUAUAUUACUGGAAUUACCUUGUUUUUCCGUCCAUCUGUAGACAUAAUUUGUCCAAAGUAUAUCUUUAACACCAAUGAAUAGGUUUGAUUAAAACUUUGUGUAUAUCUUAUAUGAAUCAACAGUUUCAUAAAGAGAUAGUGAGUUAAUGGAUUUAGAUUUAGCUUAGUCAGUUUCUUUUCUCCUUUGUGCAUUUGUUAUUGUUGGUAUUUUUUGGGUCAGUCAAUACAACUGGUACAUGUACCUGUAUAAGAUAACUUACAUAGAGCUUGUGCUUCAUUUGGGAGACUUUACUAUAAGCAGUCUAUAAUCAGAUCUUGUAUGUGUGUAGUCAUUCCAUAAAACAGCUAGUGUAGGAUUUCUUGCUGUCAUAUAUGUACGGAUUUAUUAUUUUUUUUAUUUUUGUGUGAACUAUUUAUGAAAAAUUCUGACAGUAAAAUGGUGUGGAAUAAAAUAAUGUGCAUUUA